AGACGAAGCCCGAAAAGCGAAACCCCAAAACCCUUCUUCUCCUGCCUCCGGUGCUUUAUCUUCUGUGAUAACUCCUCUGGCUGCUAUGCCGCGCGCUUAAUGCCCUCCCUGUUUCCAACUACGGCAACCUCCAAGUUCCGACAUCCACUGCAGUAACACCGCCUACGGGUUUGGACAUCGAAACGUGUCGGCUUGAAUGGCGCUCCAGAUGCGUAGACUCUUCCUCACUAGCUCAUUGCCUAAUCACUCUCGGCUUACCUCAACCAUGCUUCAAUACAAGUUGGGGCAGAAUUUUCCGCCGAUAUGCCUGCAAAAUUCAGUUUUCUUCAACAGUAUAAAUUAUGGGAUGCAUGCCCACCGUACAAGAGUGAGAUUAAUGUACAGUAGCAUAUCAAAAUACAAAGAAGCUGCUACUACUUUUAAGCUUCUUCAUUCAAAUAAAGAGAGCUCCAUUUUUUCAAGGAUCGGAAACAGUCUCUCUUGUCAAACUCGACAAGCUGACAAUUGUUCUAGAUUUAGAUACUUUUCUGGGGAACUUCUUAUUAAUAGAUUAUUUUCAUCUAAUAUAAAAAGGAAAAUUCAGAAUAAGACAAGGUCAAACAGUGUUGGCAAAACACAAGUGUCUGGAAUUGAAAGUAAAGGGAAUCAAGAUCCUUCAGCCAAGGUGUCUCGAGGAGCAAGGAAGCAAAAAAAAACCACUGCUACCAGUGACAAUGUUGAUGGAAAAACACAUGCUACAGUAUCAAAGUCAUCUAAAAAGGCACCUGUUAUUACCACCAAAAUCACAAGUAAAACAUCCAAUGUUGGUGAGAGCAAAAAGGAGUCUGUUAAAGUUGUCAAGAAAAAGACUAAACAAGCAAACACCAAAACUCCCGUCAAGGAUUCUAAAGUUGUCAAGAAAAAGACUAAACAAGCAAGCACCAAAACUCCUGUCAAGGAUUCUAAAGUUGUCAAGAAAAAGACUAAACAAGCAAGCACCAAAACUCCCGUCAAGGAUUCUAAAGUUGUCAAGAAAAAAACUAAACAAGCAGUGACCAAAACUCCCGUCAAGGAUUCUAAGGCUCCUGAGACUAAAAAACAGGACAGUAGUAAAAAGAAGCCUGGACAGUCUACAAUAAUGUCUGUGAAUGGUUUGAAUGCCGCUGGAAGAGUGCUUAGUACAGUGGGUGGAUCUCAUGAAACCAAUUCUACUUAUCAGAAAUCUUCAAAUAAAGCAAAGCGUCAAAAAAUUUUCACACCUCUUUAUCCACCUUCAGGAAAAUCAGUUGUGGUUGUUGAGUCUGCCACUAAGGCAAAAGUAAUCCAAAAGUAUCUUGGGGAGUCAUACGAAGUGUUGCCUAGUUACGGCCAUGUGAGAGAUUUAGCUGCCAGAUCCAGAUCAGUAAGGCCUGAUGAUGAUUUCAGCAUGGUCUGGGAGGUACCUGCUGCUGCAUGGACUCAUCUUAAGAGUAUUAAAGUAGCACUAAAUGGAGCUGAAAACCUGAUACUUGCAUCUGAUCCUGAUCGUGAAGGAGAGGCAAUUGCUUGGCAUAUAAAUGAGAUGUUACAGCAGCAAGAUGCCUUGAAUGAAGAUAUCACUGUCGCAAGGGUUGUUUUCCAUGAAAUAACAGAAUCUGCUAUCAAGAAAUCAUUACAGACCCCAAGAGAGAUUGACAUGAAUUUGGUCAAUGCAUAUCUUGCACGAAGAGCUCUGGAUUAUUUGAUUGGUUUUAACAUAUCACCCUUGCUAUGGAGAAAGCUACCUGGUUGCCAGUCAGCUGGACGAGUCCAGUCUGCUGCUUUAGCUCUGAUAUGUGAUAGGGAAACAGAAAUAGAUCAAUUUAAUAAACAGGAAUAUUGGACAAUUGAUGGUGAAUUUCAAGAUGCAGAGUCAGAUUCUGCAAAUAGGAAUACAUCUUUCCUUGCGCAUCUAACCCAUUUAAAAUCCAAAAAGUUGGAUAAACUUUCUAUAGGUUCUCACGAAGAGGCAGAGGGUAUUGAAAAACAAGUUUCGCUCUCCAAGUUCAAAGUCAAAAAUAUAAAAACAGGCAAAGCUCAGAGGAACCCUCCAAUGCCUUAUAUAACAUCUACUCUACAACAGGAUGCAGCAAACAAGUUAAACUUUCCCGCUGCAUAUACAAUGAAGUUGGCUCAGAAACUGUAUGAGGGAAUCAAGCUUUCAGAUGACGAAGCAACCGGAUUGAUUACAUAUAUGCGAACUGAUGGAUUGAAUGUUUCUAAUGAAGCUGCCGAGGAUAUUCUCUCCUUGGUCAAAGAAAGGUACGGCAUAGAAUAUGCUUCAAAAAGCAUACGCAAGUACUUCCGAAAGGUUAAGAAUGCCCAAGAAGCCCAUGAAGCUAUUAGGCCUACCAGCAUUCGGAGGUUACCAUCAUCUUUAGUUGGGAUCCUUGAUGAUGAUUCUCUAAAGUUAUAUACUCUUAUCUGGAGUCAGUCAAUGGCAUGCCAAAUGGAAGCUGCCAGUAUCGAAACGAUUCAAGUUGAUAUUGCUAACACUGAAGGAGGCAUGUUACUUCGGUCAACUGCUUCACAAGUUGCAUUCCUUGGAUACCAAGCUGUAUAUGAGGACAAAGAGGUGCAGCUUCCUGAAAAAUAUGAGAAAGAAGAGGAUGCUAAUGUUGCAGCUUUUCAUGCUCUUCAUAAAUUGAAGGUGGAUGAUUUUUUAAAUUUGCAUAAAGUGCACUCUCAUCAGCAUCACACAAAACCACCACCACGCUAUUCUGAAGGAUCAUUGGUGAAAAAACUAGAAGAACUUGGAAUUGGAAGACCAUCAACUUACGCAUCUACAAUGAAAGUGUUGAAGGAUAGAAACUAUAUAUCAAUGCAAAAUCGAGCUCUUCUCCCUGAAUUUCGUGGGCGCAUGGUGUCAGCAUUUCUUUCCCAUCAUUUUUCAGAGGUUGCUGAUUACAGUUUUACAGCUGACAUGGAGAAUGAGUUAGACAAUGUGUCUACUGGAACCACCGAAUGGAAGGGCCUUUUGAAGGAUUAUUGGUUACGAUUUAGCAAAUACUGUGACCAAGCAAGCAAUUGUAAUUUCCUUGAGUUGGAAAACAUGUUGGAGAAAAAAUUUGACAACCUAUUAUUUGCUUCAUUGAGUAGCAGGAAAUGUCCUAGUUGUUCUGUGGGGACAUUGAAGUUUAAAAUCAGUAAAUUCGGUGCUGGCUUUUUCAUUGGGUGUGAUCAACAUCCAAAAUGCAAGUAUAUUGCAAGCUCACUAUAUAGCAAUGAUGACGACGACGACAUUGACGAAGCUGAGAAGAUAGACGUGUCUUUUAUCCCAAAGGUUCUGGGAUGCUCUCCUGGUUCUACUGAAAAGAUUUAUUUAAAGAAGGGACCUUAUGGAUUUUAUGUGCAAUUGGGAGAAGAUAGAAAAGGUUUCUCACCAAGAAGAGCUUCUCUUUCUGAGAUGACCAAAGAUUUUGCGUCUUUUACAUUGGAAGAUGCUAUUGAGCUGUUCCAGUACCCAAAAACUUUGGGAAAGCAUCCAACGGAUGAAUACCCUGUUGUGUUGGCUCAUUCAAAGCAUGGGUUCUUAAUCAAACAUCGCAAAACUGUUGUCACCUUACCAAAGAGUUUCACCCCCAAGACCAUUACGUUGGAAGCCAGUUUGAAGCUUUUGUCGAGCAAGAAAGCAAAGAUGAGUGGUCGGCGUAAAGGUAGCAGCACUAAGAAAUCCAAUGGAGAUGGCUCCUGGUAAUGAAUGGAAGCAUAGAACUUUAAACUCUUGUCCAAACACACCAUGCGAGCUCAUGAAGACAACACAACUCGAUCAACUUUGUUUGCCGAGAAGCUUUGCCAUUUCAUUUUCCAUGGAGGCGGCGGCGCAUGUAGUCUUCCAGUAGUUUGAGACCGAGUGAUGCACAUUAACAUUUUUGAAUUGUUAUUGCAACUCUGGCUCUCAUGAGUUCUGUUAUUUAAGCUGCAAUUCUUGUUGUGCAGCAAAGAGAUAUAGAGGAGAGUUGCUAAAUAGCCAUCUUCGAAAUCUUAUGAAACUAGUUGAGUCAGUUCCACUUGUCAUAUUCGUUAACAUUUUUUGUUUCCGUACUGUUCAAUUUAAUGCAAGAGCUUGUUGUUGUUGUU